CGAUUUCGAGUUCAUCUCAGAGAUAUCAAUUCUCAUUUAUCACACAAGCCACAUAAGCAUAUUUUAAUAUUUUUAAAUACCAAGAGGUGGGGUCCUUAUUUUAGUGAAUUGACGACGUUACAUGACCAUUUAACGGAGGGGUAGUUGCUGGAAAACAAGCAAAACACCAGAAACUUUUCUAAUCGAGCUUGCCCUGUUCGCUGUUGCCCUUCUCUCUUUGUUUUCUUCACCAAACUAAACCCACCCAGAAAGUAGCGAAGGGUAAGCUGUCCGGAGCUUGGAUCUAUGGAGGAUUCGUAAACUUUGGUCUCCCACUGCCCUUCAGACGAAUUCAUUCGUUGAUGUUCGGCCUGGAUGCAAGGUGUUGUCACUUAUAAAGUUUGCAGUUAGUUAUGUGUUAAAUUCUGCUGUUGGUGGUCAUUGGUAGCUGUGGGUAAUGGAUGAGAAUUUUGAAAUGGAUGCAGACAGAUUUAGUCCCUUAGGAGGGGUGGGGUGUGAUGAUAUUGGUACGUUGAUGGAGAUAUGUGUAGAUGAUAAUGAAAAUGAAGGCAAUAUUACUUUGGAUGAAGAGAACUUGGAUAAUAUAUCCCUCUCACAGACCGUUGAAUACAAUUCUCCUUUACCAUGUAUCAAUGACAACUCUUGUAGUCAAAACCAUCAAGGUUCCCCAGUUGAGAGUGUAGAGACCUUAAAUACAACAGUGUCAACAAAUGAUGUGAUUGAAGGCACCUCUAUUGAACCUCCAAAGGUCGGAAUGGUUUUUAAAGGAUGGAAGGAUAUUGAGUGUUAUUACAAACUAUAUGCUGAGGAGUGUGGCUUUGGGGUUAGCCGGGUUCAAGGAUCAUAUACUACUAGUAAAGAGAGAAGGGGAAUCACUUGGAAGUGUGAAUGUUAUGGUGCACCGGAUAUGAGGGCGAAGCGAGAGGCUAAGAAAAGGGCGAAGCAAAUGGAUGUUGGCGGUUGUGGAGGAAAUGUGAAUGGUGUAAUAGGGGAGGCAGAGCUAUCACGUGGGAAAAGGAAAUCUAAAAAAUGUUAUUGUAAAGCUAGGGUAUAUGGAAGUGUGAAUCGUGAAGGGCUUUGGGUGUUGCAAAGAGUGGAGUUGGAGCAUAAUCAUGAUCUGUGUCCAAGUAUGGCAAAUUUAGUGAAAGAGUACCGUAUGAAGAAGAUGACCUCCACUGUUCGCAAGCGGUUGGUGAAUUAUUAUGAGGUGGGUGUACCUGUGAGUGUAUUACGUCGAUGUUUAGGCACGGAAAAUCCUAAUUUGCCUAAUGUGAAGGAUAUGCAGCAUGAGGUUUACAAACAACGGCGGCUUAAGAUGGCCGGUGGAGAUGCUCAAGCCAUGAUGGCUUACUUUGAUUCCAUGCAAGCCGAUAAUCAGAAUUUUUACCAUGCACAUAAGUUGGACGAUAAAGGUCGUUUAAAGGACGUCAUGUGGGUUGAUGCUCGAAGCCGUGUAGCUUAUGAAGACUUCGGUGACGUCGUUUGCUUUGAUGCCACGUAUCUCACAAAUGAGUAUGAGCUACCAUUUGCUAAUUUUGUAGGAGUCAAUCACCAUGGCCAGUCGAUCUUAUUAGGUUGUGCCCUAGUUUCUCAUGAAGAUUGUGAUACUUUUCGAUGGUUAUUUAAACAAUGGUUGUUGUGCAUGGGCAAUAAAGCCCCUCUUGCCAUCCUAACUGACCAAGCCCCUGCUAUGAGGAAGCCAUUAGUUGAAGUCAUGCCUAAUACACGCCAUCGAUGGUGCAUAUGGCAUAUUCUCCGGAAAUUUCCUGACAAACUUGGGAGGUGUGCCAUGUACAAUGAUUUCAAGAGCCCGUUGAAGAAUAUUGUUUACGAUAGUUUCACUACCGUAGAAUUCCAGACCCGAUGGUGUGAAGCAAUGAAGAAGUAUGGUUUGGAGGACAAUGAAUGGCUUCAAGAAUUGUUUGUAGAGCGGCACAUGUGGGUGCCAGCUUGGAUGAAAGAGUUCUUUUGGGCCGGUAUGAAAACUACGCAGAGGGUUGAGAGCAUCAACAGGUUUUUUGAUGGGUUUGUCACCCGUAAAACAAGGUUGUGCGAGUUCCCCGAAAAGUACUCAGCUGCAAUGAAGAAGAGGGUUGGUGAUGAGACCGAUGCAGAUGCAAGGGAUGCAAAAUACAUAAGACGGCUUGUGAGUGGGUUCAGAGCAGAGAGAUACUUCCAACAAAUUUACACUGAUGCGAAGUUCCAAGAAGUGCAAAGAGAAUGUGCUAGAAUGUUGUACGUAGUUCCUAAAUCUGAGACUGUGAUAAGUGACGUUGAAAUUCAGUAUCUGCUUUCAGAUCGAGUAUGGAUUAUUCCGGAAGGAUCAAAUGAAGAAAUAAUCACUGAUCAUCGGAGGUUGUACUCUCUGGUAUUUAAUCCCGUUACCAAAGACAUAACAUGUGAUUGCAGGAAAUUUGAAAAGGAUGGGAUUCUUUGCAAGCAUAUCAUUAGAGUUUUUGAUGAAAAUUUGGUGAAUGAAAUACCAUCGAAAUAUGUACUUGAUCGGUGGCGCAAAGAUGUGAUGCGGAGGCACACACGUGUAAAAGUGGCAUAUCAUGACCCGAGUCAAACCGCGUAAUUUAUUUGUGAAUUAAAUU